AUGUCACUUCUAAGGUGGAUCGUGGGUACUCCUGGAAAAACGCCGCCAACCGAUGCAUGGAGUGCUAGCUCUGAAAAAUAUUUCGGCUUAGAAAAUCCUUUUCGGGAAUGCGUCAUUAAUUUUCCCAAUGUGUCAGUUGGGUCGAAUAUGCAAUCCAUAUCUUCACAAACUCAACAACCAUCUAUUGCAAACUCUACUUCUUCCAAAAAAGACCAGGUCAAUGGUGAAAAUAAAGUUAAUGGUGAUUCAAACCUUGUAUCAACUCAAGCUAUCGAAAACACUUUAUUUGGUGCUUUGAAGGACUUAUUUUGUAAAAUAAGCAGUCAGAAAAAACGGACUGGUUCCUUAGCACCAAAUAAUUUCGUUACAAAAUUAAAAAAAGAAAAUGAACUUUUCCGGUCAACAAUGCAUCAAGACGCUCAUGAAUUCUUAAAUUACGUCCUAAAUGCUAUUGCUGAAAAUGUUUUAGAACAACAAAAAAAAAUGGCAGAAGCUGAAAGAGUGCAACGAGAACAGUCACCGUUCUGUAACAUUAUCGAUAAAUCUAAAUUAACGAUUAACGGUACAAGUACGCAUGGAAGUGAUGAUGCAGACGAAAAGUCUUCUAAAAGCUCUGAAUCAAAUUCUGGUACGUCUCCACAUACCACUUGGGUCCAUCAACUUUUCGAAGGAACGUUAACAAAUGAGACUAAAUGUUUAACUUGCGAAACUGUCACUAGCCGAGAUGAAUCUUUCCUUGAUCUAUCCAUUGAUAUUGAACAGAAUUCUUCGGUUACAUCAUGCUUACGGCAAUUUUCUGCGAGCGAGAUGUUAUGUCAUAAAAAUAAAUUCUUUUGUGAUGUUUGUUGUGGUUAUCAAGAGGCGGAAAAGAGAAUGAAAAUAAAAAAAUUGCCAAAUGUACUAGCACUUCAUUUAAAACGCUUCAAGUAUCAAGAGAAACUACAAAGAUACAUUAAAUUAUCAUACAGAGUGGUAUUUCCUUUUGAAUUACGGCUAUUUAAUACUUGCGAUGACAUGGAAGAUCCAGAUCGUCUAUAUGAACUAUAUGCUGUCUGUGUGCAUAUUGGCAGUGGACCGUACCAUGGUCACUAUGUAACGUUAGUGAAAAGUAUGGGGCAGUGGCUUUUGUUCGAUGAUGACAACGUUGAGACUGUUGAUGAAGCUGAAAUCCAAAAAUAUUUUGGUGAUUCUCCAGGGACUGGAUCGGGUUACGUGCUAUUUUAUCAGGCUUGUGAUCUGGAUCAAAAUAUUAAUGGUUUAUCGAACACUAUUUGGACAAAUAGCAAUGUUACAGGUUCUAGUGCUUCAUCAACAGAAUUGGAUACACUAGAAACUAAUGAUUCAUCAGUUACUGAUAUAUCAAUUCCUGCAAAUGGUGGUACAAUAAAUAAUGAUACUACCUCUGUAACAAAUAAUGCCGAAACUCGACGGCAUCCAAUAAGGGAGCCAUCGUUUUCUGAUCGAUUAUCUUUGUGGAAAAAUACAGAAAAACGUAAAUCCAACACUGAACAAGAUAAUAUUUCGAAAAUUAAUGAAGAAGGUUCUAUUAAUACGCAUGAAAAAACACCUUCAGGAGAAAAGCCCGAAAAAACAGCGUUAUUUUGGCGUAAAGAAAAGAAAGAGGAUAAGAAAGAUGAUAAAGAUGAUAAAAAAUCUAACUCUACAGGAUCAACGGUUGAAGAAAAUGGUAAAGAACAUAAUACAACAUCUAAAAAAGAUAAAAAAGCCGAAAAAGAAGAAAGAAAACGUGAGAAAAAACUUGAAAAAAGUAAAAAGUUAGAAAAAGACAAAUUACCUACAUCACCGAACGGAAUACAAGCUACUAUGUGA